GUCCUGCAGUCCACACACGUGCUGCUGGCCACCCCAGCCCUUGACGCUGUGUUCACGGACCUGGAGGUCCUGGCUGCCCUCUUUGCCGCUGCCAUCCACGACGUUGACCACCCUGGCGUGUCCAACCAGUUCCUCAUCAACACCAACUCGGAGCUGGCACUGCUGUACAACGACGAGUCCGUGCUGGAGAAUCACCACUUGGCUGUCGGCUUCAAGCUGCUCCAGGAGAGGAAUUGUGACAUCUUUCAGAACCUGUCGCGGCGGCAGCGCCAGGCCCUGCGCCAGAUGGUCAUCGACAUGGUCAGCCCCCCCAGAACCCCCCUAAAAUGGGGGGAAUCACCCCUGACCCUCUCUGACAACUACACCGACCGGAUCCAGGUGUUGAGGAACAUGGUGCACUGUGCCGACCUGAGCAACCCCACGAAGCCGCUGGAGCUGUACCGGCAGUGGACGGAGAGGAUCAUGGAGGAGUUCUUCCGGCAGGGAGACAGGGAACGGGAGCGCGGCAUGGAGAUCAGCCCCAUGUGCGACAAGCACAGCGCCUCUGUGGAGAAGUCACAG